AUGACUGAUAAGCUGCCCCGAGCCACUCUGAGGCAAAAAAUCCAGGUCCUGGACUAUCUUCACGGGCCACCGUCUAGAUCACAAAGGGAAACAAUUGAGCAUUUCCGGAAACUCGGCGAGUUUGGUAUAUCCCAGGCAACUCUCUCGACCUGGGUUUUGAAAGAACCAGCUCUUAGGGCCCAGCUCAGCAGCAACCCCACGCUCGAGACAUACAAACGCAAGCCACGAUUAAAGUAUCCGGAUGUUACUAAAGCUGUCGAAGAGGAAAUCGACCGCUAUUUCGCAGAAAACGAAACCAUAACGGAUUUGCAGAUCACAAACUUGUUCAUGAAAUAUAUGGAGCAACUUGGCUAUCCUACAAAAGCCUUCAAAUUGAGUAAAGGGUGGCUGCAUGCAUUCAAGAAACGCAAUCGCAUAUUUAAUGGCCGUCGGCUACGUGAAUGGCAACCACAACCUGCUGAAACAUACAAUGACAGUGCCUCUAUAGACCUCAACUAUGAAGAAAUAUUUAAUAACCAAUUUGUGGGAUUCAAUACCAGAUUGAUCCAUUCCGAUGACCACUUCACAAAUCUAAUUAAUAGCAUUCCGGGGCUGGAACAAAUAUCACAAGACACAGAUCACACCGAAUCUGUUGAAUUUCAAUCACCCUCCACGAUUCCUCCUCCACAACCUGAAAAAUUGCCAUACUAUCCAACUAUUCAAAAUCCACUACAGAACCAGCUUUCGCGCAAACCUUAUGUACUCGAGAACUUCAAUUACUCCAAAGGAUCACACCCGAAUUCCGAAAAGGUGGAAAAAAUCCUCGAGAAUAUCACCGAAGGGUAUGCUACCAUAUAUAAUUCUGGCACCUCUGCCAUCAUGGGAAUUCUCUCGUAUCUUAAUCCGCCUAUGAUUUGCAUCAAUAAUUCAGGAUACCAAGGAACGCAUCGAGUUAUCAAACUGCUUUCGAAGCUCACAGGACUCCAAAAACUGACGCUUGAAGAAACAGAGCGACUCCAACCUAAAUCCGUUAUUCUUAUUGAGACGCCCAUGAACCCUGAAGGGUAUGUAUUAGAUAUCGCGAAGUUUGCGAGACUCGCGCACGAAAAACAAUCAUAUCUCAUCGUUGACUCCACUCUUGCUCCGCCUCCGCUACAAUUCCCAUUCAAGUACGGUGCGGACUACGUUGUGUACUCUGCGGUGAAAUACUUGGCUGGAGUAUCUGAUCUGGGAGCAGGUUUUGUAGUGAGCAAGAAAAAAACAGAUAAAGCAAAUCUUCACAGCGAAAGACACUCUCUCGGGACUACAAUUGCCAACUUUGACUCCUUCCUGCUACUGAGGUCGUUAAGAACGUAUAAAAUGAGAAUGCUAACCCAAUGUCAAAACACCGAAAAAAUAGUCACUUAUCUCAGAGAAAGCAUGGACAAGUAUAGUAUGGUGAUCAAUAAACUGCAUCACUCUUCUCUUCAGCUGGAUCCCUUUGUCAAACAACAACUGAAUGGAUUCUAUAACCCAGUGCUGGCCAUUGAGUUUAAAAGCGAAGAACUGGCAGAUAUCAUUCUCACAAAAUUCAAUUUUUUGAGUAACAACCCAAACAUCGAGGGAGGCGAAACUGUGGUCGAGCUAGCAUCCAAAAACCUAAACUUCGCCCGCCCAUCGACAAAUAGCAAUCUUCUCAGGAUCAGCGUUGGCUGCGAAGACUAUGAAGACCUCAUCAAAGACAUUGACCAAGCUUUAAUGAGUGUCAUUGAUCCGGAACGUGUUGGUAACUCUCUCUAA